AUGUCAGAAUCCAUGGUCAUCGGAAGCGAGGUCGAAUCCUCCGCCUCGCCAAUGGCAUCGCCAUUCCUGACCCCGCCAUACCCGUCCAACGUUGAUAAUGACAAGUUGGGAUGCAGCAUGCUUAUCCGUCAGGACCCUUUCUCUAUCACACUCGACGCACCGGCACUUCUCACAGUCACUCUUCUGCUCGUAUUGGGCAUGCACAUGAUUGAUCAUCACCUCUUUGCUUGCCUACUUGUUGGCACUCUUGCCCUCCUUCUCAUCCGUAACGACUACCACAAUUUCCUCAAGCUAGGCCCAGGCGGCACACCCCCAACGCUUUUUGGCUACGCAAGACUGUCAUGGUAUCGGCUCUUUGCCAUCCGAGAUCCUUUUAGCGCUCCUGUCACAAGCCUGAGCCAUCUUCCUGCAUGUGGAAUCCUACGGGACCAGCCGCUGCCAUACCGACCCGGACCCCGACCUCUGGUGGCCGGUCUUGCACCUCAAAGACAACUCGACCAGUGGGGCGCUGUUCGCUGUUGUGAGCAGCUCAAGACGGCCAUUGAGCGGGCCACCGUUCAAUACCCCCAGAUUCUGGGCACGGCGACGUCGAGCAUUGAGAAGCAUGGAUUCGCACUCUUUGCCAGGCAUCCUAUCAACGUGCACGGGAAUGGCGAGGUUGCACAUGUCCACAGCUCAGACAAGUCGCUGCACUUGAACCUUCAUCCCGAUGAUAUCAAAGAGAUUCUACAACGAGGGUGGGGACAACGACACCCGCUGGCCUUUAAAGGCAUUCGAGGCUGGGUCGAGUCACCUGUGCCCAGUACUUUUGUCAUGAUACAAGACAAAACCGUCGAGGUCUACGCCAUUUUCAAUUUCUCAACCCCUUAA